AUGAGAUUGGUGUUGGAUUGGGUUAUUUCGGAGUCCCAAUCGGCUUUUCUGAGAGGUAGGUAUAUUCUUGACGGUCCUCUCAUAGUCAAUGAGAUUAUCUCUUGGAUUAAAAGGAAGAAAUCCAAAGCCUUUAUCCUAAAAUUGGAUUUUGACAAAGCAUACGAUAAUGUUAAUUGGAAAUUCGUGGUGGACGUGCUACAUCAAAUGGGCUUUCAUGACACCUGGUGCAAGUGGAUAUGGGGCAUUUUAAAGUCGGCUAAUUCUUCGGUUUUGGUGAAUGGCUCGCCGACUUUCACGUUCAAAUGUGAAAAAGGGAUGAGGCAAGGGGAUCCGCUCUCUCCGUUCCUUUUUUUGGUCGAGAUGAAAGCCCUUUCGUGCAUGAUCGAGAAGGCGAAGGAAGAGGAGGUGAUUAGAGGCAUUAAGAUAUCUAACAAUGGUCUGUGUAUCUCUCAUCUCUUUUAUGUGGACGACGCCAUCAUAUCAUGA